UGGGGCCGUGAGGUUAACUGUUGCAGCCAACGGGAGCUGGGAGGCGACACCGAGUCUUCAGUCCCCAGAGUUGCCCGAGGGAAAAGGAGACGGCAGCCGACGCGGUCCCGGAGAGAAGCCCCUUCCGCCGCUCUCCUGAGCCAGCAUGUCGCGGACUCUGUCGCUCCUCGGCCCGCGCGGCGGAGACCCCGGGCCGCGGCGACGGGCGCAGCUCUGACGCGCUACGAGCCGGGGGGCGCCCAGAACUCGGUGGCGGGGGUCCGGGAGCGCGAGCGGCUGUCUGCAGUCCGAGCUGGGCGUGCUGAGCCCCGCGGCCACCCCUGGCCAUGAGGGGAGAGGAGCGAGACGCCAAAGCCAUGCGGUACCCGCAGCCGCCGGACGGGGCCGGCUCGCCCCCCGGGAGUCUGAGGAACGGCUACGUGAAGAGCUGCGUGAGCCCCUUGCGGCAGGACCCUCCGCGCGGCUUCUUCUUCCACCUCUGCCGCUUCUGCAACGUGGAGCUGCCGCCGCCGGCGCCGGCCUCUCCCCAGCGGCCUCUCCCCAGCGGCUCCCGCUCCCGCUUCUCCCGGGCGCGCCUCUCGCUGGGCGCCCUGGCCGCCUUUGUCCUCGCUGGGCUGCUCGGCGCGGGGCCCGAGAGCUGGGUUACCGGGGCCGCCCAGCUGCGGACGCUGCUGAGCGUGUGCUCGCAUAGCCUCAGCCCCCUCUUCAGCAUCGCCUGUGCCUUCUUCUUCCUCACCUGCUUCCUGACUCGGACCCAGCGGGGCCCCGACCUGGGCCCAGGCGGCGGCUCCUGGUGGGUGCUGGCGCUGCCCGCCUGCUGUUACCUGGGGGACCUCUUGGGGUGGCCGUGGUGGUCCUGGCCGUGGGGGGCCGAGACCCCCGGCCCGCACGCGCCCCCAGCGGUGGCGGGCAGGUUGGUGUUGGUGCUGAGCUGUGUGGGUUUGCUGACGCUCGCGCAGCCUGCGAGGCUCCGCCACAGCAUCCCGGCGCUGCUGCUCUUCGCCAGCUGCGUCUGGUGGGUCUCCGUCACCAGCCUGGGCUCGCUGCCUUCGGUCCUUCGGCCGCUGCUCUCUUGCCUGGUCGGGAGCGCAGGCUGUCUGCUGGCCCUGGGGUUGGAUCACUUCUUUCAGAUCAGGGAAGCGCCUCUCCAUCCUCGGCUGGCCAGCGCCGUGGACGAAAAAGUGCCUGUGAUACGACCCCGGCGGAGGUCCAGCUGCGUUUCGCUGGGAGAGAGCGGCGCCAGUUACUAUGGCAGUGGCAAGAUGUUCCGCCGACCGUCGUUGCCUUGUAUUUCCAGAGAGCAGAUGAUUCUUUGGGAUUGGGACUUAAAGCAGUGGUGUAAACCUCAUUAUCAGAAUUCUGGAGGAGGAAAUGGAGUUGAUCUUUCAGUGCUGAAUGAGGCUCGCAAUAUGGUGUCAGAUCUUCUAAUUGAUCCAAGCCUUCCCCCACAAGUCAUUUCUUCCUUACGGAGCAUCAGUAGCUUGAUGGGUGCUUUCUCAGGUUCCUGUAGGCCAAAGAUUAAUCCUCUCACACCAUUUCCUGGAUUUUACCCCUGCUCAGAAAUAGAGGACCCAGCUGAGAAAGGAGAUCGAAAACUUCACAAGGGAUUGAAUAAUAGGAACAGUUUACCAACUCCACAGCUGAGGAGGAGCUCAGGAACUUCAGGACUGCAACCUAUUGAUCAGUCUUCAAGGUGGGAACGCAAUAAUGGCAGAAGGCCUAACCAGGAAUUUGGCACUUCAAGUCAAGGAUGCUUUGUAAAUGGACCUUUCAGUUCAAAUCUUCUUACCAUCCCAAAGCAAAGGUCAUCUUCUGUGUCACUGACUCACCAUGUAGGUUUGAGAAGAACUGGUGCCUUAGCCAACUUGAACCCUGUGCAUAUUCCCAGCCAUGGACCAGUGUCUGCUGCCUCUCCAACUAAUCAGUCACCCAUAGGGUGUCCUGAUAUUGCUGAUUUUCUUACUAAGCCAGGUGUUACUUUACACAGAUCUAUGAGCAGUGCACCCAAUACACCAGAUUUUUAUCAGCAUCUUAGAAAUUCUGAUAGCAAUCUGUGCAACAGCUGUGGGCAUCAAAUACUGAAAUAUGUUUCAACAUCCGAAUCAGAUGGUACAGAUUGCCACAGUGGAAAAUCAGGUGAAGAAGAUACUACCAUUUUAUUAAAAGAAUCAUUCAACUUUAUGGAAACUCAACAGGAAGAGGAAACAGAGAAGAGAGACUACAGAAAAUUAUUUUUGGAAGGUGAUCAUCAUCUAACAGAAGACAAACAGAAUGAACAGCAGCUGAAUAUUGAACAGGAACUGUCACAGGAGCAGAUUUUAUUGGAAGAUUAUGAGUCAUUAAUAGAAAAGAUGAGCAACUGGAAUUUUCAAAUUUUUGAACUUGUAGAAAAGAUGGGAGAGAAAUCAGGAAGGAUUCUCAGUCAGGUCAUAUACACCUUAUUUCAAGACACUGGCUUAUUGGAAAUAUUUAAAAUUCCCACUCAACAAUUCAUGAACUAUUUUCGUGCAUUAGAAAAUGGCUAUCGAGAUAUUCCUUAUCAUAAUCGUAUACAUGCCACAGAUGUCCUACAUGCAGUUUGGUAUUUGACAACACGGCCAAUACCUGGCUUACAACAGAUUCACAAUGAUUGUGGAACAUGGAAUGAAACAGAUUCUGAUGGUAGAAUUAACCCUGGGCGAACUGCUUACAUUUCAUCGAAGAGCUGCUCUAUUCCAGAUGAAAGCUAUGGCUGCUUGUCUUCAAACAUUCCUGCAUUAGAACUGAUGGCUUUGUACGUGGCAGCUGCCAUGCAUGAUUACGAUCACCCAGGGCGGACAAAUGCAUUUCUGGUGGCAACAAAUGCCCCUCAGGCAGUUCUGUACAAUGACAGAUCUGUUCUGGAAAAUCAUCAUGCUGCAUCAGCUUGGAAUCUAUAUCUUUCUCGUCCAGAAUACAACUUCCUUCUUAAUCUUGAUCACGUGGAAUUCAAACGUUUUCGUUUUUUAGUUAUUGAGGCAAUUCUUGCCACAGAUCUUAAAAAACAUUUUGAUUUCCUUGCUGAAUUUAAUGCCAAGGCCAAUGAUGUAAAUAGUAAUGGUAUAGAAUGGAAUAGUGAAAAUGAUCGCCUCUUAGUAUGCCAGGUGUGCAUCAAACUGGCAGAUAUAAAUGGCCCAGCUAAAGUUCGGGACUUGCAUUUGAAAUGGACCGAAGGCAUUGUCAAUGAAUUUUAUGAGCAGGGAGAUGAAGAAGCAAAUCUUGGUCUGCCUAUCAGUCCUUUCAUGGAUCGUUCCUCUCCUCAACUAGCAAAACUUCAGGAAUCUUUUAUCACCCACAUAGUGGGUCCCCUGUGUAACUCCUAUGAUGCUGCUGGUUUGCUACCUGGUCAGUGGAUAGAAACAGAAGAUGAUGAUACUGAAAGUGGUGACGAUGAAGAUGGUGAAGAAUUAGAAACUGAUGAUGAAGAAAUGGAAGACAAUCUGAAUCCUAACCCACAAAGGAAAGGCAGGCGGCGAGUAUUUUGUCAGCUAAUGCAUAACCUCACUGAAAACCACAAGAUAUGGAAGGGGAUCAUUGAAGAAGAAGAAAAAUGUAAAGCUGAUGGUAAUAAACUGCAGGUGGAGAAUACUUCCUUACCUCAAGCAGAUGAGAUUCAGGUCAUUGAAGAAGCAGAUGAAGAGGAAGAGCAACAGUUUGAAUGAAAGUCAUAUUGAAGAAGCCCAUUGGGCUGCAUCCAGGGUCAGAAAUCAUUGCCUACUGUUCACUGUGCUGACUUUCCAAUGACCAUUCCCAUGUGGACAGGCCUUAAUACUGUGAGAGGAUCCUUGCUGUGCUGACAGUUUCUCACUCCUAUGCACUUUCACCACAUGAACUACAAAAUUAUUCUUAGAGCUAUUGAAUACGUUGCAAGCCAUUACUUAAAACCUUUGCUGGUGUGUAAAUACUUGGUCACAAUGCUGCUUUUUGAGUGGGGGGAGGGAGGGUAGUGAGCUCUUCUUUUUCAUGGGUAGGGGUUAGCUAGAACUAAAAACUCAAGUGACUUACUUCAGUUCCAAAGUGGCUAGGACUUUUUGCUGUCAUGAAAACAAGUUUCAUAUUGUAUUUCCAAAUGUGUAUUUUAUAUCUUUGACUAUUUUGAAAAAAAAAAAGUCUGUGCCUAUCUAAAAAGGAAUCCAGCAUUACCCUUGUGAGGGAUUGCUGCUCAAUGCAAUACACUGUUCAGUGCUGUUCUCCCAGCUAGGUUCAUCCAUGAAGGACUGAGUGACCUUUGUUAUAUUUAACAAAAUCCAGGUGCAUCAAUUUCUGAUGCUUUUUAUUGUUGUGUAUUAUCUGCUAUGUAUGUUUUAUUUCCACUCAGAGUGUUCAGGUUUGCCGUGGACAUCAGAAGUCUGAAUUCCAGUCUUAUUGACUUCAUGGUCCAUGGUUGAAUUUUAAAACUGUUUUGGUUUAACAAUGAAGGAAUUUUAUUUUUUAAUCAAAACUGUUCUUUUUACUCUUGCUCAGGAUUAGUAUUUUUAAACAUUUAGUUUAUGUAAACACAGUGCAGAUUUGUGAGAAGAAAAAAAUUUGUCCUAAUAUUAACCUUUUAUGAAAUGAACACCAUUUUCUCUCUUCUUAAAUGAAUUUGAGACCAAUUAAAGUCACAUAAAAGAA